AUGGUGGAAGUGAUUCCCAAAGAAAUCAAAGAAGUCUGGGAUAGCUGGAAUAUCAGGGGAAUGAUAAUCCUCAGUCUCUCGCUUCAGGCAAUUCUCAUUCUCUUUUCUCCCUCGAGGAAACGAACGGCCAACAAGUUCCUGACCCUGCUCUUGUGGUCUUCAUAUCUCUUGGCAGAUUUGUCCGCGAACUUUGCGGUUGCUUUGAUUGCCAAGAACCAAGGUAAAGAUCCUAAACCCGAUGAUCCUCCUCAAGACAAGAAGCUUGUCGCCGUGUGGGCAGCUUUCUUGCUCUUACACCUUGGUGGACCAGACACCAUCACUGCAUUUUCUCUCGAGGACAAUGCUCUCUGGAACAGACAUUUCCUUGGGCUUGUCUUUCAGGUGCUUGCAGGUGUCUAUGUGGUUGUCCAAUCUCUACCCAAUGUGCUUUGGGUGAUGAUACUGUUGCUGUUCAUUGCUGGAACUUCUAAGUAUUUGGAAAGGACGAUUGCGUUGUACCUCGCAAGUUCAGAUAAGUACAGGGGGUCAAUAUUGCAGGCGUCCAAAUCAGCGUUUGACUACACCGAGCAACCAAACAACCUAGAUAUGGACUCCAUACUUGUGUCUGAGAUGUACAUGAAGGAGCUUCGCGGGCAGCUGAAACCUCCGAAGCUCAUGAUUCCCAAUAGAGAGUUGACAAACCUUGAGAUUCUUCAGUACGGUUUCUUCUUCUUCAAUAACUUCAAGAGUCUUCUGGUCAAUAACAUCUUCAGCUUGGAGCUACGCGAUGAUAGUAAAGCAUUCUUUAGAGCACCAAAACUACAAGACGAAGAAGCUCUGAGAAUUAUAGAGGCCGAGCUUGAAUUUAUCUAUGAAGGACUGUACACAAAAGGUGCGGUUCUUCACAGUUGGGUUGGCCUUGUGUCCCGAUUCAUAUCGUUGGGAUCUCUUCUGUCAGCCUUCAGCAUCUACUAUUACAGACACAAUAAGAUCCAAGAAUUUCACAAAGCCGACAUUGUAAUCACCUACACGUUGUUCUUAGUUGGAAUAGCACUGGAUGUUCUAUCCUUGCUCAUAUUUGUGGCUUCCGACUGGACGACAGCCAUUCUUUCAACGCUAAAGGAUGACCCCGAGAGGAAAAAUUCAGGGAAAGACAAGAUACUCGACUGGAUCCUUGGUCUCAAGAAGCCAAAGUGGAAGUGGCACACAUGUUGUGAGAAACAUCAGGAGGAGGUGCUUAACACACAGUUUCUACUUAGAAGAUGGACCGGAAGCAUCUCAAUGUUCAACUUCAUCACAUACUCCAUGAACGCAGAUACAGAAAGGAUCCACAAAUCCAGGGGUGGAACAUUCCAGCUUUUAUGGAAGACCGCCUUUUUCCCUUUCAGUUACGUGUUCUCCAUCAUCCAGACUUGGUCUAGUAACAUUGCCAUAUGGUUUUGUGAUCUUCACCGGUACAUUUUCCACCAUGUAAUCAUUCUACCGCCAGGACAAAAUCAGGUCGUUCGUUAUAUUGUCGACAUCAUCAAGACUUUUGUUGGGUUUUGGUUCCGAGUACCUUACUUUUUCGCGUUUCUUGUAACCUGCAUCAUCAACUUCCUAGGCAUCAAGGACCUGUUCAAUGAGAUAAGACUGGUAAGAUCUGUACACGGUGAACCCUUGACAAGAAACCUAUGGUCGUUCGUGUUUUCUGAGCUGCGAGACAAAUCCCAGAUUCUAGACAGCCUGGAGAAUACCGCAACAAAAUCCUCGGCCAGGAGAGAUUGGGCGUCAAGCCACACCCAGGUUCAAAUAGCAGAUCAUGAAAUGCUGUUACGCUACGUAACAGAUGUUGAUUAUGACCACAGUCUUUUGAUUUGGCACAUUGCCACCGAGCUCUGUUACCAAGAAGAAGAUUCGGCCAAAGAGAAGUGUGAUCAAUCUUAUCACACCAACCGUACGGUCAGCAAAAUGCUCUCAGACUACAUGAUGUAUCUCUUGAUCAUGCAGCCUAAGCUGAUGUCAGAGGUAGCUGGCAUUGGAAAGAUCAGAUUCAGAGACACACUGGCCGAGGCUGAUAGAUUCUUCAAGAAGAUGGGUAUUGAAAACUCUAGGGAUGUGAAAUUAGCCAGCGAGAUCAUUCUUUCAGUUGAUACCAGCAUCGAGCCAAGAGACGUCAAAGGAAACCACAGCAAAUCGGUGUUGUUCGAGGCAAGUUCACUGGCCAAAGAGCUUCUGAGACUGGAGAAAGAUUUUGGAAAAAACAAAUGGGAGACACUUGGCAAAGUGUGGUUGGAGUUCCUCUUCCACGCAGCGUCACACUGUGAUGCUACAACGCGGAUGGAGCUUCUUAGCAAAGGUGGGGAGUUCAUCAACUUCGUUUGGCUACUAAUGGCUCACUUCGGCCUCGGGGAUUGA